AUGGCCUCUUCAACACACGUUCAACAUCUCAACAGGGCUCUAAUGAUACCUAUCAAGAGGAAAGAAGGUAUUGGGUUUGGAGUAAAAGCCAACAUUCACAGAGCCAGCGCAACUAUUGUGGUUAAAGUCCCUAAUUCGGAAGCCCUCGCCGCGGAAAAAGAACCUUUUUUGGAAGAAGCCAAAUUCUACAACCGCCUAUUUGAAGAAAAAGAAAAAUGUCUAGAUAUUGUUGAAUGUUUUGUUGCAUUACCAGACUUCAUCUUCCUCUCAUACUGCUGCAACGAUAACCUGGCACGUCAUUUCUUCAACUAUCAGGAGCGAGAGGUACUUCCCUACGGCUCUCCGGGAAAACUUAUAAGUGUGAAGCAAUAUGAAGACCCUGCGCUUAUUGCUCGGUGGAUACGGCAGCUUGCUUCCGCCCUUGCUUUUGUGGAGAAGCUAGGGUACACCCAUAACGACCAGCACCUCGCAAACUGUCUGCUCGAUGAGAAUAUGAACUUAAAACUAUGCGACUUUGACCGUGCCACGACAAUUGGGCAGUAUCUCGAGAGUUUCCUCGAACCAUGGGCAGUAAUGAUAACUUCCGGGCCCCUAAGUCGUACUUAUGGCCUCUCCUCUGCUAGAACUGAACAGUUUGCCGUUGGCACUUUCCUUUACACAAUGGUGUAUGGCCAUGAGCCAUAUGAAGAUAUUCAUCUCCGAGAAAACGAUCCUGAUGAGCUAUGUCGGCGGUUUAGAGCUUCAGAGUUUCCAGAGCUUAACCGCCACGAAGUUUUUGACGGGCUAAUAUCUGCUUGCUGGCACAAUGUGUAUCCCACUAUGGCUCUGCUUGAUUAUGAUUUCAAGCGAAAGACCAAGGAUAUUGCAUCCCCUGCCACUUAUCCGGCAAUUGAUUAUGCAAAGGAGAAACGCGCUUGUAUAGCAAUGAUUCAAAGUGGUUUGCUUGGACCCGAAUAUGCCUUGUCUUAUCAACCAGCAUGGCAAAGGUGCUUACAUGGUUUCUUGGGAAAAUUUCUUUUUAUUUGGAAACGCACGGUCAAUUUCCUUGGCUUAUUCUUCCACAAGUAG